UCUGGACUAACCCGCAGAGCUCCGGAGCCGCCUCCUCCUCCACCCAGCAGCAGCAGCGGGCAGCUCAUGCAUGCGCCGCCUGCACAGCAGCGGGUGUUUCCCGGACUUUGGCACACUGCAGUUCCAAGCCAGAUCUGCACUUUUCGGAGCCAGCUCCAGAGUCACCCUGCGCGGUGCUCUCCGGCGGGGAACUGCAUCUCUGAGACUCGGUAGCUCAGCGGAGCUUCGUGGGGCUUCACUUGUUAGCGGGACUGCUGGCUGAGCCGUCCCCGGAGGCUCGCUGUUGUUGUGCCAGUCUGCCCCCCGACGCUCUGUCCGGAGGGCUUUUGGCUCGGAGGGAUUUUCUUCAGCCCUGACUUGGAGCGGUGACAGCGGCGGGUUUAUCCGGCGGAACCGCGAACAAAAACCGUCCUGUGUGAGGACUGCAUGCGGCUGAGGCGGAUCUAGCCGUGCCGAGCCGAGCCAGACCCCCACCAUGCCAGUGAGAAAGAAAGACGCACAGCGAGCGCUGCAGCUGCUGGAGCAGUACCGGGCCAAGCUGAACCACACUGAGGACCGGCAGCUCCGACACUCCAUCCAGAGGGUCAUCGACAUCUUCCAGAGCAAUCUCUUCCAGGCUCUCAUAGAUAUCCAGGAGUUUUACGAAGUGACCUUAUUGGACAGUCAGAGAUGGGUGGAGUCUGCCAAGGGGGCGGACCCCAUGGCGCCCGUCAACCUAUGGGACUUCUCCAGCCUUCAAAGUACAACGGUGACCUCGGACACGCUGCCCAGCCUUAGCACCAGCAUCGAGAAGUACAGGCACCACGAUGAGGACUCGUCCCCCCAGGACCAGAGCUCCCCCCAGCUGACGGAGGAGGCGGGGGGCCCAGAGCUGGUCCAGGUAGCAGAGAAGAACCUUUCCCAGAUCGAGAAUGUGCACGGCUACGUCACCCACGCUCACAUCUCACCGAUGAAGGUAGCGUCUCUGGAGUGCAUCUUUGACGGCUCAACUUUAGGACAGCAUCACCCGGAGCUCCCCUCCCCUACGUCCUCCACUCUCUACCCCCAUGGAGAGGACAGCCCCCUCCCCUCCUGCUCCUCCAACCCUUACCCCCCGAUCCAGCAGGCCGAGGCCGCCCCGCCUUCCUCACCCAUAAUCCCCGUGAUCCCAAUCUCGCCAAUCCCAGCCGAGACCACCGCCAUCCCUCCAACGUCACAGGCCAAUCCUCCGCCUGUGGUGGUCAACGCAGACAGCCUGGACACACCUCCAUACGUGAAUGGGACGGAGGCUGAUUAUGAGUACGAGGAGAUCACGCUGGAGCGGGGAAACUCGGGGCUGGGCUUCAGCAUUGCAGGCGGCACCGACAACCCUCACAUCGGUGAAGACCCCAGCAUCUUCAUCACCAAAGUGAUCCCCGGAGGAGCAGCAGCGCAGGAUGGACGGCUCAGGGUCAAUGACGUCAUCCUGAGAGUCAACGAGGUGGAUGUUCGGGAUGUGACCCACAGCCGAGCCGUGGAGGCGCUGAAGGAGGCGGGAUCUCUGGUCCGACUCUACGUCCGCAGGAGGAAACCCGUCUCAGAGAAAGUGAUGGAGAUCAAGCUGGUGAAAGGACCCAAAGGUCUCGGCUUCAGUAUAGCGGGCGGCGUGGGGAACCAGCACAUCCCCGGCGACAACAGCAUCUACGUCACCAAGAUCAUCGAAGGCGGAGCGGCUCAUAAAGACGGGCGGCUGCAGAUUGGAGACAAACUGCUGGCUGUGAACAGCUCCUGCCUGGAGGAGGUGAGCCACGAACACGCCGUCACUGCCUUGAAAAACACUCCCGACGUGGUCUACUUGAAAGUGGCUAAACCCAACAGUGUCUUCAUGAACGACAGCUUCGCUCCGCCCGACCUCACCAACUCGUACUCCCAGCGCAUGGAGAACCAUAUCAGCCCCCCCAACUUCCUGGGUCAGCCCCUCCCUCCGCCAGCGUCCUCGGGGCGUUACUCUCCGACCCCGAAGAGCACGCUGGGAGAUGAUGACGUCACCCGGGAGCCGAGGAAGGUGGUGCUUCAUAGAGGAGCGACGGGACUAGGCUUCAACAUCGUGGGCGGGGAGGAUGGCGAGGGGAUCUUCAUCUCCUUCAUCCUCGCCGGAGGACCUGCUGACCUCAGCGGAGAGCUGAGGAAAGGAGACCGACUCGUCUCCGUGAACGGCGUGGACCUCCGUAACGCCACCCACGAACAGGCCGCCGCCGCCCUGAAGAACGCCGGGCAGACAGUGACCAUCGUCGCCCACUACAGACCAGAAGAGUACAGCCGGUUUGAGGCAAAGAUCCACGACCUGAGGGAGCAGAUGAUGAACAGCAGCAUCAGCUCGGGCUCUGGGUCUCUGCGGACGAGUCAGAAGAGGUCGUUGUACGUCAGAGCUCUGUUCGACUACGAUAAGACGAGAGACUCCGGUCUGCCGAGUCAGGGCCUGAACUUCAAGUUCGGAGACAUCCUUCACGUGGUGAACGCCUCCGACGACGAGUGGUGGCAGGCGAGGCAGCUGACGGCGCAGGGAGAGGUGGAGGAGGUGGGGGUGAUCCCCAGCAAGAGACGGGUGGAGAAGAAGGAGAGGGCGAGGUUAAAGACGGUGAAGUUUAACGCCAAGUCUCGGGACAGAGGGCAGUCUCUCAAUGACAAGCGUAAAAAGAACCUCUUUUCCCGAAAGUUUCCGUUCUACAAGAGCAAAGAGGCGAGCGAGCUGGAGACCAGCGACGUCGACCAACAUGUGACGUCUAACGCCAGCGAUAGUGAGAGUAGCUACCGUGGGCAGGAGGAGUACGUGCUGUCCUACGAGCCCGUCGUUCAGCAGGAAGUGAACUACACCCGCCCCGUCAUCAUCCUCGGCCCCAUGAAGGACCGCAUCAACGACGACCUGAUCUCAGAGUUCCCCGACAAGUUUGGAUCCUGCGUCCCUCACACGACCCGGCCAAAGCGGGACUACGAGGUGGACGGCAGAGACUAUCACUUUGUGAUCUCCAGAGAGCAGAUGGAGAAGGACAUCCAGGACCACAAGUUCAUCGAGGCGGGGCAAUACAACAACCACCUGUACGGGACCAGCGUGCAGUCGGUCCGGGAGGUGGCAGAAAAGGGCAAACACUGCAUCCUGGACGUGUCGGGUAACGCCAUCAAGAGACUCCAGCUGGCUCAGCUCCACCCCAUCGCCAUCUUCAUCAAACCCAAAUCGGUGGAGAACAUCAUGGAGAUGAACAAGCGUCUGACGGAGGAGCAGGGCAAGAAGACCUUCGACCGAGCCAACAAGCUGGAGCAGGAGUUCACCGAGCAUUUCACAGCCAUCGUGCAGGGCGACACGCUGGAGGAGAUCUACGACCAGGUCAAGCAGAUCAUCGAGGAGCAGUCGGGUCCCUUCAUCUGGGUUCAGUCCAAGGAGAAGUUAUGAAGUUGGCCGCUCCUCCUCCUCCUCCUUGUUUUGACGGACGAGUCGACCUGCAGACGUCCCCUCCCCCACGCCUCACCCUCCACUCGCCCCAUCAGCGACGCAGCGGCCGACCCGAGUUCAGUUUAGCUUCUUUGUUUUUUUCUUUUUUUGCCUGAUAAGACUUCAUGUUUGGGUCUCCUGACCAGCAGAGCAAAGCACACAGGAAGUUUGAUGACAUCACACUCAACGCGGUACAGCUCCUUAAUGUUUAAGGGAGGAGAACUUUAGAGGAGGAGAAGAAGAAGGUACCUGGAAGUGACGAGAAGAAACGUACGAAGUGGAUUUUAUGUUUAGUUUUUUGGUUUGUGGUUUUUUUUUUCCUUUUUUUUUGUCUUGUAAGGUAAGCAGGUGGGCGGAGUUUCAGUCUCAGGCAGCGUCUGUCGGUCCGGAGGAGGCGGAGACACAAAAAGCAAAACUUUGCACGUUUGAGCUUUAACAGCAUGUCAGUUAAUCCCGUUUAUUUUCCCAUCAGCCCCUUCGCCUCACGUCUGAUGUCACCGCUUUUCUCUUCUGCUCGUUUUUUAGACUCGAUUCACGUUUUGUUUGUUUUUUAUUUUCGCUCCUCGCUGCUGCUGGAUGUUCGUCAGGACGCUGCGAGGUUCCUGCUCUGCUGCUAGAGGGCGCCGCAAGGCUUAACAAAGGAAAACAACAAUUUCUUUACUUUGUUUUUAAAGGAAACGGUUUUAAUCAUUUAUAAUUUUCUGUCAAUGAGCAUGAAACUGACAGAUUUUCUGAUUUCGGGGAUGAAUCGUUGAUCGAACUGAUUGAAUUCCGGUUAUUGAUAAAAAAUAAAAGCUUUGAUGUUUCUGCAGACGUCGAAUCGUUUCUCACCAAAACACUGAGACAAAGAGACAGAAAAAUACAAAUAUUUUUAUAGAUGAAAAUAAGCUGAGUGCAAUCAUCAAAAAUUAUAAAUCAUAUCUAUAAAAAAUAUUUUAUUCAUUAACAACGUCUUUAAUUUCACUAAAACACCAAAUGCAAGACAAAAAUUCCCAAAUAUGUUUAUUUUAUUACCAGAAAAAUCUCUAAAAUAUUAGAAAUAACAGAAAAUCUAAUAAAAAGCAAACUAUUUUAUUUCACUAAAGAAAAUUAUCUCAGACUUUUAUGAAACUCUGAUUAUGCCAAAUAUGGUUUAUGAUAAAAUCUCAUUUAAAAAACUAAAUAUUAAAAUCAAGGAAAAUGCGACAUUUUACGCUUGUUACAAAAACUGCUCAUAAUUAAUAAAAAGAAGAUUUUUAUAAAAGAUCCAGAACAUCAAGAAAAAGAUAAUCUAAUGCACGAAAAUAACUUGAAUUACCAGAAAGUACAAAACAAAUUAAAUUGUUUUAACAUAAAUGAAUUUAGAAUAACUUAAAUUUUAAGUUUAGAAUAACUUAAAAUCCCAAAUCCUUAUUUUAUUUACAAACGCAACAGAAUCAUAAGAAAAAAUAGAUUUAUUAUAUUAUAACCCCUAAAAUCUUAAAAAUAAAAGAUUUUUUUAUUUUACCAAACUUCCUGAAAACCAGUGAAACAAGAAUUAUAAUACAUUUUAUUACAACAAUCUAUUUUAUUAUAAUGAAAUUAUAACUGUAACACUUAUGAAAACUUUAAAAAUACAAGAAAAUUAGAAAAUAAUUAAAAGCACGUCAGAGCUGCAGGACAGAACACGAGGACGUAACCCCGACGUUUACGAGCGUCUCGUACUCGUGAGAUCUGAACUUGUGAUUUUAGAUUCUCUUCAGCUGAUUUUUUUCUUUUCUUUUUUUCCUCACUUGGACGAACUCUUUCUCUCGACGAGUUCACAGUCGCAUGACGGAGCGGCGCCCUCUGCAGUUAGAACCCCGCCGGUUGUCGCGGUGACAUCCGUCAGCGUCGCCAGUGUCUUACCACAAAAACGAUGUCGAUCAUGCGUUUCGUGCGGCCGAGCCCAGAGACGAGCUGCCACCUCCGGGCGUCCACAGGUGUCGGAAACACGAUUAUUGUACAAUGAGAUUCCUACAGAUAUUUAACCCUCGGUAAACUGCCUAUUUUGUUAUAAUAAAGUCUAUAUUGAACUUUACUUAAGCACUACUACUACGGGAAUUAUUUUCUUUGCAUUGUUAAUCAUAUAUGAAUAGAAAAGUAUAAAGAUAUUUGAAUAUGAAUAUAUUUUUUCUUUUUCUUUGAUCACCACCUCCUCUGUCUUUUAAUUUUCUUUUUUAAGCAUAAUAAAAACUUAACAAGAAAACCUGUGUGUUCAUUUAUAAAAGUCACGCUUCAGUCGGCCUGUCUGAACACGUGUUGAACAUUGAACAGG